CACCGGGUGCACUGUGUGACGUCAACAGGAUAUAGCGGAAGCGGAAGAACAGUUUGGUUUCUUUCCCACUGGUUGUGGGUUUCGCUUGUGGAAGUAGCGGGAGGCCAGGAAUUUGUGUGUUAUUAUUUGGGGUUCUCCUUACUGCGUAGCGGAGGGUUUUUGGGGGCAGUGGGUGAUCUGUCAUCCGAGUGCCAUUUAAGCUUCCUUUGUCCGUUCUCUUUCCGUUUUCUCCCUGCCAGCUCCGCCCAUCAUGGCAGCCACAUCCAACCUGCAGAAAGCAAUAGACCUUGCUAGCAAGGCAGCACAAGAAGAUAAAGCAGGAAACUUUGAAGAAGCCCUCCGCCUGUAUCAACAUGCUGUACAGUAUUUUCUUCAUGUAGUCAAAUAUGAAGCACAGGGUGACAAAGCAAAACAGAGCAUCAGAGCAAAAUGUACUGAGUAUUUGGACAGAGCAGAAAAGCUGAAGGAAUAUUUGAAAAAGAAAGAAAAAGCUCCCCUCAAACCAGUGAAAGAAUCUGGUUCAGCUGACGAAAAGGGGAAUGAUAGUGAUGGGGAAGGAGAAUCCGAUGAUCCAGAGAAAAAGAAGCUACAGAACCAGCUCCAAGGUGCCAUUGUCAUGGAGCGACCAAAUGUCAAGUGGAAUGAUGUUGCUGGCUUAGAAGGAGCAAAAGAAGCUCUUAAAGAAGCAGUAAUAUUGCCUAUUAAAUUUCCUCAUCUUUUUACAGGGAAGAGAACUCCCUGGAGAGGUAUCCUUCUGUUUGGGCCACCAGGAACAGGAAAAUCCUACUUGGCAAAAGCUGUUGCAACAGAAGCUAACAAUUCUACGUUCUUCUCUGUAUCUUCUUCUGAUCUUGUCUCAAAAUGGUUGGGGGAGAGUGAAAAGCUAGUGAAGAAUCUAUUCCAACUUGCCAGAGAAAACAAGCCUUCAAUUAUCUUCAUUGAUGAAAUCGAUUCUCUCUGUGGCUCCAGAAGUGAAAAUGAAAGUGAGGCUGCUAGACGAAUUAAAACAGAGUUUCUAGUCCAGAUGCAAGGAGUUGGAACAGACAAUGAAGGAAUUUUGGUUCUGGGAGCUACUAACAUACCUUGGGUUCUAGAUUCUGCCAUCAGAAGAAGGUUUGAGAAGCGCAUUUAUAUUCCCUUACCUGAGGAUCAUGCAAGAGCGGCAAUGUUCAAGCUUCACCUUGGGUCUACCCCAAACUCCUUGACCGAAUCAGAUUAUCGAGAGCUGGGAAAGCGAACUGAUGGCUACUCAGGUGCUGAUAUAAGCAUAAUAGUACGAGAUGCCCUAAUGCAACCUGUUAGGAAAGUUCAGUCAGCCACACACUUUAAAAAAGUGAAAGGACCAUCACUGUCUGAUCCAAAUGUUCUAGUUGAUCUGUUCACACCAUGCUCUCCAGGAGAACCAAGUGCAAUUGAAAUGACGUGGAUGGAUCUGCCAGGGGAUAAACUACUGGAGCCUGUUGUUUCCAUGGCUGAUAUGCUAAGGUCGUUAGCCAACACAAAACCCACUGUGAAUGAACAAGACCUGGAAAAACUAAAGAAGUUCACAGAAGAUUUUGGACAGGAAGGCUAAUCCAAAGAUAACUGUGGCCCUAAAUUUCUUUCUCUGGAAUUCUUGCCUCUUUAUUGCCAAUAAAUGAAUCGCUCCUUCCUUUCUUUCCAUGUGAACUGAAGAGCCAUUUGCAAGGAUCCUUGAGCCUUUAUUUUAUCACUUUCCAGAAAUACCUAUUAAAUGUCUUCUUCUGAGAGCAUGAUACUGGGAUCUUGUGGCAAAAAGAAGGAAAACGUGGUAAAUAUACUUUAAAAUAUAAUGGCCCCUUUUAGUUAUUGCCGUUUUUUCAGUUUAGAUUUUAGGUAAUUGACACUAGUCCUAGUUUAUCUUCAUUAUAAGACUCCUGUGGGCCUGAAACAGUGGGGAAUCUGACACACACACCCUCCAGAUGUUGUAGGGCUCCAGCUUUUAGCAGCAUGGCUGGUGGUCAGGAGUGGUCGGAGUGGUAGCCCAAUGAUAUCUGGAGGGCUACAGGUUCCCCACCCUGGCCUAAAAAAACCAAAAAACAUUAAGGAAGCAGAAGUUUGAUUGCUAGGUGUUUUCAGUGUCAGUCAAUUUUGUCUGUAAAUUAAAUGCUUCAUUUGGAAUUAUGCAGCAGCAUUUGGUAGUAUAUGUGGUUAAACAGGAGUUUAUUAUAAACAAUAGCCAAGAAAUUGGAUUGGGAAGUGAGAAAGGAAGGAUUCACAUUUUUUAAAAAGGCCAGUACUUAACCGAGUACAAUAUUGAACUAAUACUUUGUGGGGGUUUUCUGCUGUGUGGUAUUCAGACAAUGCCUUAAAAGCAGCAAGCAUUGUUUUUAAUAACACCGAUAGACACCUGUCACUGUGCAAUCUACCAGAAAAUAGACUAAAAUAUAAAUACUAUGAAAGAACAUUUCUCUCCCCCUCUGGUUUUCCUGGAACAUAUUCUGUUUGAUGGAACAUAUUCUGUUUGAUAAGAAUCUAUGGGCAAGCCUACAAACUGAGUUUUAGCAAGCCAUUUGUUGAGAGAAGGUAAUCCUGGACUUAUUUUCAGUGAAACUUUGGGACCUAGUAUGGGAGGGUCUAGUGAACAUCUUUGAGGUGCCAAGGGAAGUUGAUCUUAUUCAAGAUCUAUGUCUAGCUUAGUCCAAUAGCGAAGUAUUCGGAAGUAGGUUGACAUUUCUUUAAAUACAAUAUAAGGGUAGCACACAUGGGUUUUUUCAAAGGCCUUUGCUAAGAGUAAUGCAUCUUAGAGAAGAGCCUGAAUGUAACUUACAACACUAUAGUGUCAGCACUGCAUUUGUGCCUUGUAAGUUUGCCCCAGGUAUAGAAAAGUGGUAAUCAAUAAUGUAAAACAUUGCGUUAUUGUUAAUAGAACUGUACAUUUUUGAUGCUUUGUGCUUUACAAGAUUUCUGAAUUUAUCAAGUACUGUAUGAUUUCCUUCUCAUGGGCUUUGGUUUUCUUUUUAUGUACAUAUUUUGUGUACUUUCUAAAAUCAUAGGACUGGUGGAAAUUUCUUUCUGAAUGAAGUAAAAAGUUGCAAUACAA